UAAUGGAAAUAACAUCACCAGAAUCACCAAGACCGACUUUGCUGGUCUAAGGCACCUUCGAGUUCUUCAGCUCAUGGAGAACAAGAUUAGCACUAUUGAGAGAGGAGCAUUCCAGGAUUUAAAGGAACUGGAGAGGCUGCGCCUAAACAGAAAUAACCUCCAGUUGCUUUCUGAGCUGCUCUUUCUGGGGACGCCGAAGUUAUACAGGCUUGAUCUUAGUGAAAAUCAGAUUCAAGCCAUACCCAGGAAGGCAUUUCGCGGAGCAGUAGACAUAAAAAAUCUGCAACUGGAUUACAACCAGAUCAGCUGUAUUGAAGAUGGGGCAUUUAGGGCUCUACGCGACCUGGAAGUGCUCACUCUCAACAACAAUAACAUCACUCGAUUGUCCGUCGCAAGUUUCAAUCAUAUGCCCAAACUCAGAACUUUUCGCCUGCACUCCAACAACCUCUACUGCGACUGCCACCUGGCCUGGCUGUCAGACUGGCUGCGGCAGCGGCCCCGUGUAGGCCUGUACACUCAGUGCAUGGGCCCGGCACACCUGCGGGGCCACAAUGUGGCUGAGGUCCAGAAGCGGGAGUUCGUCUGCAGUGGUCACCAAUCAUUUAUGGCUCCAUCCUGCAGUGUCUUGCACUGUCCUGCUGCGUGCACCUGUAGUAACAACAUUGUGGAUUGUCGUGGGAAAGGCCUUACUGAAAUUCCAACAAAUCUUCCAGAAACCAUUACUGAAAUACGGUUAGAACAAAAUUCAAUCAAAGUCAUACCUCCUGGAGCUUUCUCACCCUAUAAAAAGCUUCGAAGAAUUGACCUGAGCAAUAACCAGAUCUCUGAAGCAGCUCCAGAUGCUUUCCAGGGCUUACGUUCUCUCAAUUCACUUGUCCUCUAUGGCAAUAAAAUUACAGAACUUCCAAAAGGCCUAUUUGAAGGACUGUUUUCUCUGCAAUUGCUAUUAUUAAAUGCCAACAAGAUCAAUUGCCUGCGAGUUGAUGCUUUUCAAGAUCUGCACAACUUGAAUCUCCUAUCUUUGUAUGACAACAAGCUUCAGACCAUUGCAAAAGGCACCUUUUCACCUCUACGUGCAAUUCAGACCUUGCAUUUGGCUCAGAACCCAUUUAUCUGUGACUGCCAUCUGAAGUGGCUGGCGGAUUAUCUUCAUACAAACCCCAUUGAGACCAGUGGUGCCCGCUGCACCAGCCCCCGCCGUCUGGCAAACAAAAGGAUCGGCCAGAUCAAAAGCAAGAAAUUCCGCUGCUCAGCUAAAGAACAGUAUUUCAUUCCAGGCACUGAAGAUUACAGAUCCAAAUUAAGUGGAGACUGCUUUGCAGAUUUGGCUUGCCCUGAGAAAUGUCGCUGUGAAGGGACCACAGUGGACUGCUCCAAUCAGAAACUCAACAAAAUUCCAGAUCACAUUCCACAGUACACAGCAGAGUUGCGACUCAAUAAUAAUGAAUUUUCAGUCCUGGAAGCUACUGGGAUCUUUAAGAAGCUUCCUCAAUUGCGAAAAAUAAACCUGAGUAAUAACAAGAUUACAGAUAUUGAAGAAGGCGCAUUCGAUGGAGCCUCUGGUGUCAAUGAACUAUUGCUCACUAGCAAUCGUUUGGAAACUGUUCGAGACAAAAUGUUCAAAGGACUGGAAAGUCUUAAAACACUGAUGCUGAGGAGCAACCGUGUGAGCUGUGUGGGGAACGACAGCUUCACAGGCCUGAGCUCUGUCCGCCUGCUCUCGCUGUAUGACAACCAGAUCACUACCGUGGCACCUGGCUCCUUCGAUACCCUGCAUUCCCUCUCUACAUUAAAUCUCUUGGCCAAUCCCUUCAACUGCAACUGUCAUCUUGCGUGGCUUGGAGAUUGGCUAAGGAAGAAACGCAUUGUGACAGGAAACCCUCGCUGUCAGAAACCUUACUUCCUCAAAGAGAUUCCUAUCCAGGAUGUGGCAAUUCAGGAUUUUACAUGUGACGAUGGAAAUGAUGACAAUAGCUGCUCUCCGCUGUCCCGCUGUCCUGCAGAAUGUACUUGUCUAGACACAGUUGUUCGCUGCAGCAACAAAGGCUUAAAAGCUUUGCCUAAAGGCAUCCCAAAAGAUGUAACUGAACUAUAUUUGGAUGGAAACCAGUUUACUCUUGUUCCUAAAGAGCUCUCCAACUACAAGCAUUUAACACUUAUAAUUCUUAGUUACAACCGCCUGAGGUGUAUCCCUGCAAGGACUUUUGAUGGGUUGAAAUCACUUAGGUUGCUGUCCUUACAUGGCAAUGAUAUUUCUGUGGUUCCUGAAGGAGCCUUUAAUGAUCUUUCAGCAUUAUCGCACCUGGCUAUUGGAGCAAAUCCUCUUUAUUGUGAUUGUAACAUGCAAUGGCUAUCUGACUGGGUAAAAUCAGAAUACAAAGAACCUGGUAUUGCACGAUGUGCUGGCCCUGGAGAAAUGGCAGAUAAACUUCUACUCACAACUCCAUCUAAAAAAUUUACUUGCCAAGGGCCCGUGGAUGUCAAUAUUCUUGCUAAGUGUAACCCUUGCUUAUCAAAUCCAUGUAAAAAUGAUGGAACCUGCAAUAAUGAUCCAGUUGACUUCUAUAGAUGUACUUGCCCAUAUGGUUUCAAGGGUCAAGACUGUGAUAUUCCCAUUCAUGCCUGCAUUAGUAACCCUUGCAACCAUGGUGGAACUUGUCAUUUGAAAGAAGGAGAAAAAGAUGGUUUCUGGUGCACUUGUGCAGAUGGAUUUGAAGGUGAAAAUUGUGAAAUAAAUGUUGAUGACUGUGAAGACAAUGACUGUGAAAAUAAUUCUACUUGUGUGGAUGGAAUUAAUAAUUAUACUUGCCUUUGUCCACCUGAAUAUACAGGUGAGCUCUGUGAGGAGAAACUAGAUUUCUGUGCUCAAAACCUGAAUCCUUGCCAGCACGACUCAAAGUGUAUCUUGACACCCAAAGGUUACAAAUGUGAUUGCACACCUGGAUAUGUAGGUGAACACUGCGAUAUUGACUUUGAUGACUGCCAGGACAAUAAAUGUAAAAACGGAGCACAGUGUACUGAUGCAGUUAAUGGGUAUACAUGUAUUUGCCCAGAAGGAUACAGUGGCUUGUUUUGUGAGUUUUCGCCACCAAUGGUUUUACCUCGCACCAGCCCUUGUGAUAAUUAUGAAUGCCAAAAUGGAGCCCAGUGUAUUGUAAAAGAGAGUGAACCAAUCUGCCAGUGUUUAUCAGGCUACCAGGGUGAGAAAUGUGAAAAACUGAUCAGUAUAAACUUUGUCAACAAAGAAUCUUAUCUACAAAUCCCUUCAGCUAAGAUACACUCCCAAACCAAUAUCACUCUUCAGAUUGCCACAGAUGAAGACAGUGGGAUCCUGCUCUACAAAGGCGAUAAGGAUCAUAUAGCAGUAGAGCUGUACCGUGGUAGAGUGAGAGUUAGUUAUGACACAGGAUCUUAUCCAGCCUCUGCUAUUUACAGUGUGGAAACUAUUAAUGAUGGCAAUUUCCACAUUGUGGAGCUGUUAGCCAUGGAUCAGAUUCUGUCUUUGUCUAUUGAUGGAGGAAGCCCCAAGAUAAUUACCAAUUUGUCCAAGCAGUCCACUUUGAAUUUUGAUUCUCCACUGUAUGUCGGAGGCAUGCCUGUGAAAAAUAACAUUGCAGCCCUACGCCAGUCUCCAGGACAGAAUGGCACAAGCUUCCAUGGCUGCCUCCGUAAUCUGUAUAUCAACAGUGAACUUCAAGACUUCAGAAAUGUGCCGCUGCAAGUGGGAAUUCUGCCAGGUUGCGAGCCUUGUCACAAGAAAGUUUGUGUGCAUGGAACAUGCCAUGCUACCAGCCAGUCAAGCUUUUCCUGUGAGUGUGAAGGAGGAUGGACUGGACCCCUCUGCGAUCAACAAACUAAUGACCCGUGUCUCGGAAAUAAAUGUGUGCAUGGUACCUGCUUGCCGAUCAAUGCGUUUUCAUACAGUUGUAAAUGCCUGCAGGGACAUGGGGGAGUCCUCUGUGAUGAAGAGGAAAUGCUGUUUAACCCCUGCCAAUCCAUCAGGUGUAAACAUGGCAAAUGCAGGCUUUCAGGACUUGGGAAACCAUAUUGCGAAUGCAGCAGCGGAUACACGGGGGACAGCUGUGAUAAAGAAAUCUCUUGUCGAGGGGAACGAAUCCGAGAUUACUACCAAAAGCAACAAGGGUAUGCUGCGUGCCAGACGACCAAGAAGGUAUCGAGACUAGAAUGUAAAGGGGGAUGUUCAACCGGGCAGUGCUGUGGACCACUAAGGAGCAAGAGACGGAAAUACUCUUUUGAAUGCACUGAUGGGUCGUCAUUUGUGGACGAGAUUGAAAAAGUGGUGAAGUGUGGCUGUACAAAUUGUCCCUCCUAAGUGUUCCUGUCACACUUGUCUUUUGAAAAUGUUGUAUACUUAUUGACCAUGUCGGACUAAUUAAUGCUUCAUAGUGGAAAUAUUUGAAAUAUAUUGUAAAAUACAGAACAGACUUAUUUUUAUUAUGAGAAUAAAGACUUUUUCUUCAUUUGAAAAAAGAUUCAAGUGCUUGAACUGAGACUUCUCAUAACCAAGAGGAGCUUUGAAGAAAAAAAAAAAAGACCUGGUAACAUUGCAACAGUGAUGGGAAACUUAACUACUUUUAACACGGAUUCUUCUUUAUAACAUGCUGAAGAUACACUGACAUUAUACAUAUGUGACUUUCAACUUAACAGCUCAGAGAUGAAAUGUUGAUCAGAACAUGAGUCUUGUUUUUUCAUUUUUGUAUCAGUAUAUUUUAUUGUCUUGACAGACCAUACCAAUCACUUACCUACGGAUGAGAAUGCAUACAGAGAUAAUAGUUGUAUGAAGUACAUUUUAUCUUUCAGAAUUAUUAAGCAUCUUGAGAAGAUGAGAUCCCAUUUAGUGGAUGGGAAAUGGGAGAUAUGAGAAUAUACUAUAAUCCUGAAAUCUCCUGAUGAUGUACACUUUUAUGUCGGCAUGUUAACAAAAGAAGCAUACAAAAAGUGUUUAUCUGCCCUUUUCCAGUAUUAAUUUUUUGUAAUAUAAAUGUUUGGGGGAUGAUGAAAAUAGAUUAUUGAUGGAUAAAUUAGUAAUAAUAUGGAUUUCUGUUUCUAUGAGUUCUAAAAACAACUCUAUACAGUAUUCGGUUUCAUUGAGAAAUAUUUAUUGUAUCGAAGUACAUUGUACUUAACCCUCCUAGGUCAUCCCUUUUACUGUUUUUCAAUGCUUUAAUAUAUAUUAAUUUAUAUUUGUCCCAGUAUUUUUGUAUUUUUUUUUUUAAAGAAAAAGACUUAAAAAUCAGGAUUUUUUGCAAUAGAACUAACGUAGCAUGUCGUCUUCGGGUAAAUGUUUUUGGUCUGUUCUUCCCCUUCCCUUUCCCCUUUUCUUUUCCUUAGAAUCUGACCACUUGGUGUCACUGAAUCUGAAAGUGAUGACAAUCUGCAGUUUUCACGUACAGCAGAUAUUCAGGACACCUUCCAGGAACCUGUAAUGUGUGACAGAAAAUGUCUUUUACACUAGGUGGCAAUUGUAGAGAAAUUAAUUUUCCCUAUAUACAGUACUUACAGAAAAUGAGAUGGCAUGUAGAAAAUGACAUUAGAAGGUAGAUCUUUAUAAAUUAAUAUUCCCGUGAAGCCCUUUACCUUUUUUUUUUUAAUAGAGAAAAAAAGAAAAAAAAGGCUGUGCUAUCAAGAACUGUGACUUUCCCCAAAUAAUAAAGCUACUUUACUGCCCUAAUGUUCCCCACGUUAACAUGUUGCUGCUAAAUUAUAAUGUAGAAUUGGUAAUCAUUAAUAGUGGGUUGUGUUCUUCUUUCAGUAAAACCCAGGGUACCCUGUAAAAAUGCAGAUGUUUUUCAAUUUUAUUUUAUUAUUUUUUUACAAAAAAAAAAAAAAAUUAGAUGUACAUGUGUAAUGCAGUGUGCUUUGUCUUAUUUGGACUGAUAUCAGUAAUGCUACUGAUGUUUGUAAAUUAAACAGAUAUUUACUUCACUAACUGCUUUUAUUUGUAUUCUUCUGAAAAGUUCAAAUUGUCUAACAGCCUUUAAUUAAAGACUUGUAGUUGCAAACAGUAUUUGGUAUAAAGAAAAAAAAAGAAUUAAACCCAACUCUAGUUCUAGUGUAUUCAUUGCUGCAAGUCUGAAGGAAUUACAUUGUAAUUAUUGCACCUACAGGCAGGGACAUCUGAGAAUGUCAGUUCCUUAUGAACACAGCAGAACUCAUAGCAAAAUUAACUAAAGACUUUGGGUGUAAAGGCACAUUAAGUCUAUGCUGGUAUUUUAAUGAUUAUAAAAUUGGCAACUUGGCAGUGUUAAGUAACUUGAUUCUUCAGAAAGCUUUAUUUUCACUAAUUUUGAACUAAUUUUGAUUUUUCAAAUCAAACAAAAAAUUUUUGCACCUACAAGUACCUUUCUGGAAGAUAUAAGGCACUGCAUAUAACUGUGGCUUAGAAACUGGAGCAUCGCUAUGUUUUCACCAAUGAAAGUCCUGAAGCAUCUACAAAGUGUGCCACUGUUUAUGAUGUAGCACAGCUCUGUCAUUUCUCAAUGGAAUGGAUCAUCCUGGCACAUUUAUCAUCCCUCAGUUGGAUUUCCUGUAAUGUGGUUGUAAUAGUAGACUGUCAUGUACAGGUAUGCCUUGAAGGUGAGCUGGGGAUCUGAGGGAAUUGUAGCUUAAGGCAAAGCUAACACAACAGAGGAUUUAGUUCAGUGCAGAAUACUCCAGGCAUACAACUAAAGGAGGUAACAAUGAUGCAGCUUUUAACACCAUGUUCAGGGAUUGAGUUUCCUUCCUAAAGUCUGUGGUUUGCUAUAGGAAUCACUCUCAUAUAUUAUGCUUUCAACGUAUUGAAGAAAAUGCACAAACUGCAUUGGGUCUGAAAGAUAAGGCUCAGUACAGUUCUCUACUUUAUAAGUUUUGUUUUUCUUGAUUUCUUAUGGAAAAAAAAAAAAAA